CAUUAUCUAACCUGAAGCAUGAGAACGUGGUCGAACUAGUUGUUUACAAUCAGCAGGUCUGGGCGUAUGAUUUUGCUCCACGAGGGUCCCUACACGACAUUCUUCAUGAACAACAAGGCAUGGGUUCAAGCUCAAACCUAUAUCCGGCUUUAACAUGGCCUCAAAGAAUCCAAAUCGCUCUUGGGGUCGCAAGGGGAUUAUGCUACAUUCAUGAUGAAUAUCAUGACAGGGGAUAUAUUCAUCAUAACAUCAGAUCCAGCAGUGUUUUACUUUGUGAUGAUGGAACUGCUAAGAUAAUUGAUCCUUGUUUAUGGACUGAAUGCCAACCUUGUGAAGUAAUAUCAUGGGGAGAGUGUCAUCCUGGUAUAUUGCCUUUGUACAAUCAUAACACUGACGUUUACAAGCGUUUGUACAAUCAUAACACUGACGUUUACAACUUUGGUGAGAUCCUCUUUGAGCUCUUGACAGGUAGUAAAAUAAUUGAUUACAUACAAGCAAGGCAGCAUCACGUUGCGUCAUGGCAACUGGAUUCAGACAAGGUACACAAGAUUGUGGAUGGUAGAUUAAAAUCAAACUACCCUCUCAAGUCGGUUAAGAAGAUGGCUCGAAUUGCUCAACUGUGCCUUCUAGAAGAAGCUUAUAAUCAGCCAACGAUGAGUAAAGUUGUACGAGAUCUCGAGCUGUGCCUUGGCGAAACCAACUGAGAAACAGGGAUG